AUGGUUCGCCUUCGCGAGAUCCCGAGGACGGCGGCCUUUGCCUGGUCCCCCGACCCAUCCAAGCCCCUUUUGAUCACCGGAACCAGAGCUGGAGCUGUUGAUGCCGACUUCUCUGAUGAGACCAAGCUGGAGCUGUGGGACCUCAACCUUGACAACCAAGACCAAGGCCUCGAGCUGCAGCCCAUAGCCAGCAUCAGCACCGACUCGAGAUUUUAUGACCUUGCCUGGGGCCCCCCCGAUUCCGAUCACCCCAAGGGCAUCAUCGCUGGUGCUCUGGAGAAUGGUUCUCUCGACCUUUGGGACGCAGAGAAGCUCAUUGACGGCGCCGAAGAUGCCUUCAUGUCCCGAACAACGAAGCACACCGGUGCAAUCAAGUCUCUUCAGUUCAACCCCCUCCGCUCCAACAUACUCGCAACCGCCGGCGCAAAGGGCGAGCUAUUUAUAUACGACGUCAACGAUGUCGAGAACCCGUUCCGACUUGGUACCGCUGCUGCCCGCGCAGACGAUCUGGAAUGCGUCGCUUGGAACCGCAAGGUUGCGCACAUUCUGGCUACUGGAGGAUCUGGUGGCUUUGUCACUGUUUGGGAUCUGAAGACUAAGAAGGCUUCCUUGACGUUGAAUAACAACAGGAAGCCCGUCAGUGCCAUCGCCUGGGAUCCCAACAACUCGACCAAGCUCCUGACUUCCACAUAUGACGAUACCUCCCCCGUCAUCUUCCUUUGGGAUCUCAGAAACUCCAAUGCGCCAGAGAGGACACUCCAGGGACACGAGCAGGGUAUUCUGUCGCUGUCUUGGUGCCAGCAGGAUAGCGACUUGCUGCUUUCGUGUGGCAAAGACAACAGAACCCUGGUCUGGAAUCCCCAGACGGGCGACCGUUACGGAGAGUUCCCCGAAGUCACGAACUGGACCUUCCUCACUCGAUUCAACCCCUCCAACCCCAACCUCUCAGCGACCGCUGGCUUCGAUGGCAAGAUUACCAUCCAGACCCUCCAGAACACCAACCCCUCCAACACUCAGGCCUCCACCACGAACAACCUGGACGGCGAGGAUUUCUUCACCAGUGCCCAAACGCAGCCUCAGGGCGCAUCUUUCUCGCUGAACAAGGCGCCGAAGUGGUUCGAGCGCCCCAUUGGUGCCUCUUUCGGAUUCGGUGGAAAGCUGGUCAUUUUCAAGCAGAAUGCUCAGCAACGGUCCACCAAGAUCUCGAUUUCGCAGUUCUCUGUGGACUCGUCGAUCGGUGCUGCAACGGAGAAGUUCGAACAAGCUCUGCAGUCUGGCGACAUUGUCAGCCUCUGUGAGUCUCGCAAGGAACAGGCCAAGAGCGAGGAGGAAAAGGCGGACUGGCUCGUUAUGGAGACGCUCACCAGCGAGAACCCGCGAAAGCGUAUCAUCGAGUAUCUUGGGUUCAAGGAGGAGGAGAUCGCUAAUGGAGUCUCGAGCAAGGACGAAGAAAAGACCGAGGAAACCUCAGAUGACAAGAAAGAGGAGGCCAAGGAGGGAGACAAGUCUGACAACAUGUGGGGUGAAGGUGACGGCGAAGGCGAAGAAGACUUCCUGUCCAACCUCUCAGCAAACAAGGGGGCGAAGACAGACAGCCCCUUCCAUUUGCUCGCGGAUACCGACACCGCAGUUGAGAAGUCCAUCACCAAGGCAUUGAUGCUCGGAAAUUUUGGCAAGGCCACCGAGAUUUCCCUCAAGGAAGAGCGUUGGGCAGACGCUUUCCUCAUUGCUAACUGCGGCGGACAAGAACUUGUGGAUAAGGUGCAGACUGCCUACCUGGCUAGCAAGGACGGAGUUCCCAGCUAUGUCCGUCUUCUCGGCUCUGUUAUCGCCAAGAACUUGUGGGAUGUUGUCUACAACGCCGACCUUGAGAACUGGAAGGAGUCCAUGGCCAUCCUCUGCACAUUUUCAGACCCUAAGGAGUUCCCUGACCUCUGUGAUGCUCUUGGAGAUCGCAUCUUUGAGAGCGGUUCCCGUAAGGAUGCCUCCUUCUGCUAUCUGGUUGGGUCGAAGCUCGAGAAGGUCGUCUCCAUCUGGAUUACGGAACUUGAAGAGGCGGAGCAAGCUGGCGUGCAGGAGCCAAGCGAUGACUCAACGUUUUCCGUUCAUGCCCGUUCGCUGCAACAUUUUAUUGAGAAGGUUACCAUCUUCCGCCAAGUCACCAAGUUCCAGGACUCCGGAAAGGAUCAGAGUGCCGACUGGAAGCUGUCAGCUUUGUACGAAAAGUACACGGAGUACGCCGACAUUGUUGCCGCUCACGGUCAGCUGGAGGUUGCGCAGAAGUAUCUGGACCUGCUGCCCAAGGACUACCCUGAGGCCGAAUUGGCCAGAAGCCGCUUAGGCCGCGCCACCCAGAAGGGUGCAGGCACUCAAGUUGCUGCCAAGACGACAGGUCCUGGUCGUCGACCUGGACAGCUUCCAGUAGUCAACAAAACACAGGCCACUCCGGCUUAUCAGCCCACCGUCCCUACUCAGCCCUCUGGCCUCUCCAACCCGUACGCACCGGCAGCCCCGGCCCUCGUCACUCCGCCUGCACCGGCAGCUCCGUCAAACCCCUAUGCCCCGGCCGCCCCGGCCAUCGGUGGUUACACUCCUGCUGCCACUCAGUCUCCUUAUGCUCCGGGACAAGGCUACCAGCCUCCGGUUGCCCAGUCCUAUCAAGCGCCUUCGGGCUACGGACCGCCUCCCAGCAACUUCGGUGCCGUGCCGCCGCCUCCCCGCAACUCUACGCCCACUUCGAACUUCCGCCCCAAGGAGAGUUGGAACGACGUCCCAUUGGUUGCCAGGGCACCCCCACCUAGGAAGACUACUCCCAAGGUUGCCACUAUUACCUCGCCCUUUCCCAACCAGGGAAACCAGUCAGGACCUCCUCAGAGCCCUUACGGACGCACUGGCUCGACGCCUCCCCCACCUCCUCCCAAGGGUCCCGCACCGCCUCGUGUCACGUCUCCUCUGGCUGGACCUCCUCAGGCCUUCCAAGGGCCGCCUAGGCCAACAUCAGCUGCCUCAAGCGCAUACGCUCCGCCUCCGCCCCAGCCCGGUGCAGCUCCUUCCAUGGCGCCUCCUUCCAUGCCUCGCACCGCAUCGCCG